UGUUUAGUUCCUCUGUUUAGUUCCCCUAGAGAAGAAGGAGGACGCAUAGAUCACAUCCGGGGCUGGUUUAUUCUCAUAACGAAACGUCCAACCCGGAAAGAAGACAAGUCUUCUGAAAUCCGAACACACAAACAAAUAGUGUGAGAGCCAGGUGCAUGCCGGCUUUGUAGCACUGUGCUGUUUGUAAAAGUUGUUAAAACUUAGUCUGCCAUGGUCGUAUUCUCCAAACUCGGGCCCCUCCUCUCUGCUUCGUAGCCGUGCGGGGCGCUGGCUGUGGCGCACACUGAGUCUCCACAGCGGUGAUAUGUGAUAGCAGCAGCAUGCCAUACUUGGACAGGCUGAACCGUGUGUGUGGCUUCCUGGACAUCGAGGAGAAGGAGAACAGCUGCCGCUUCCAGAGACGAUACUUCAUCCUCGACAUCCAGGGAAAUGCUCUGCUGUGGUAUAUGGACAACCCUCAGAACCUGCCCAGUGGAGCCACUUAUGUUGGCAGUCUGAAACUAACUUACAUCUCAAAGGUGAGUGAAGCUACAGCGAAGCAAAAGCCCAAGACAGAGUUCUGCUUUGUCAUUAACGCAGUUUCCCGGCGGUACUUCCUUCAAGCCAAUGAUGUGACUGACAUGAAGGACUGGGUGGCUGCUCUCAACAAGGCCAGCAAGAUCACUGUUCCUAAGUCUGGCCCUGCACCUCCAAGGUCUGAUGCGACUGCAGUGAUCAGUGACACUCAGGGAGGGAAGAGACAGCAGGCCUACAAGGCUGAGAUCAUCGGUGGCGUGGUGGUGCACACUCCCAUUCAGAAUGAGAGUGACGAGACAGAAGCAAGAGAGAGGAAGAGCAGCAGGCCAGGCGUCCUGAGGUGCAGUUACUGUGUGAAACAGGGAAAUGUGAGGAAAAGCUGGAAGAGGCGAUUUUUCACCCUGGAUAACAAUGCAGUCAGUUACUACAAGUCAGAGAUGGAUAAAGAGCCUCUCCGAGUUAUUCCGCUGAGGGACAUUCACAAAGUCCAUGAAUGCCUUGUAAAGUCAGGGGACCUCCUGCUGAGAGACAACCUGUUUGAGAUCAUCACCAACUCCCGAACUUUCUACAUUCAGACAGACUCUCCAGAGGAGAUGCAUGGAUGGAUCAGGGACAUUGAGAUGAAGAUCCAGGACUUCAGAGGCCCCCCUAAGGGGUUUUCAUUUAAACGGGCAUCCUCUCUCUAUCGAUGUCACAAUGCCUCCUCUGCAUCUUGCGGUCAGCAGAGUGAUGAGCGGAGACCUCCGCUGGCCAAGUCCUGCUCUGUGGCACCUGGCUGGCAGCCCUGGACGCCUGUGCCACCAUGUGACCCAGCCAUCAUGGAUGCAGAUGAUAAUGACUGCGCUUUCAGCUCCGUUCGCACAUUGCCUUCUCUCUCUUCCUCUUCCACCUCUUCCUCCACCUCCUCCUCCUCCAACUCCCUCACCACCCCGAUCCCUUGCCCCAGUGUGUCUCCUGCACCUUCGACUAGCGGACUGGGGCUCCUCACAGCGUCAGGAGAUGUGGCGAGCGGACGCCGGAGGCACCGUUCUCAACCUCAGCCUCACACUGGCUGCAGCUUCCCCUUCAGCCUGGAUGAUGACAGCAUCCGCACCACAGAUGUCUAGUUCAGUGAAUUCUGUCCAGACUCCUGUGUGGACAGAAGUGUUGGUACCUGCUUUGAAAUUAAUGUGACUGGUAAUAAUAGUAUUCCCUGCUAAUGAAGUGGCACUGUGACCAUCUGCCUCAGUACCACGAAACUGGGGCUCCCUGCUGCUCUUGUAGCUGUAUUGCAGCUGAAAGAUGCUCGCAGUGACCAUGAAGCACGGUGUUUGUUGUUCACAGGACUGUGAAGGGUACGAUGGAAUGUUUUUAGUGCAACUUCCUUUGAAAACUUGAAUAAUCUUGUUGUUAAUUGUUCAUGCAGACUUAUAAAUGAUGGCACAUGCUUUCAGUCUGUUGCACUUGGCUUCCAGGUGUCACUGUCACCAGGAUCGUGUUUCGCCCCUGCUUGAAGUAUUCACAAAGAAGUGUUUCAUGGCAUUUAUAUCCAUAUUUUUUUAUAUUCAACCUUGUAUUCAGAAAAAAAACUUUUAAAGAAUUGUUUCUGUUUAGCUCAACAGUGUUUUUUUUUCUUAUUUCUUCUCGAGACACACACACACACACUGUCACAGUGACACAACUUGCCUUCGUUAAUAAUUAACAAGCAUUUAUUACUACAAGCUAAUCGGGUGUCUAGGGGAAGGUAGCCUGCCUACACACUCACAUGGCAACUGACUCUGUUAUUAUAGCCUGUACAGACAGAGAAGAUGGAGUCAGGAGCACACAAACCUUUUAAUAUUUGGCUUAAUCAACUGUGACUCCUCUGUUAGCUUAUAACGUGGUACCAUAACAGUACAGCAUGAUACUUGUUGUAGAAUGUACUGCCAACAUCAGAGUACAGCUGAUCAGCUGGUUGACAGCUUUGUAAUGUGAUUUUGUAUUGGCAGCAUUAUGUGGAAAAAUGUGCCACUACUUUUGGUAAUUUAAUAGUAAUUCCGCACUUUGCUUUUCUCAUUUGUACUUGUGUUUUUUUAAGUGUUUGUCACAGCAGAUAUUACAACUUCCUCUGAGAUGAUGCCUCAGAUACUUGGAGUUGUUACACCAGCCAUCUCAACCCUUCUCAGGUUCACCUCAAGGUUUUAUUGAUGUGGUACCAUGUUCAUGCCAUGUUUUCUGAAGCUGCGUGCACUUGUCUACCCAAAGUUUUUCUUUCUUGUACAUUAAAUGUUGCUUUUUAUUUUU